AUGCACCCAUCGCGAGCCAGCUUACUCUCCGGCGCGUCUCGAUACAUGGGCGCGUCAGCAAGUCGGGAGGACGAUGAGGGACGUUCGGAUUACCGCGUGUCAGACAGCAGGGUGCUUCAGGACCACGAUCGGAGGGCAUCACCACCGCGUUUCCCGGACGGCUAUGGGUCUUAUGGCUCUCAAGAACCUCGACCAUCGACUAGAUACGAGUCGUACCGCCCGGACGCGCUGUCAUCUCCUGCGAAUGUGAGGCAUGCGUUCCGACGGGAAGGAUCUGAUAUUGAUCAUCGCGGUCGACAACGUCGGGACGAAUUCGACUAUCCCCGUGAUGAUCGCUACAGAGAUCGCUAUGGUUCAUGGUGUGAUGGACGCAAAUCUCCUUCGUCUUUGAGAAGACCAGCUGCGUCGCGUAGCUCACCACCUCCACGUGCUGCUCGCUCGCCUCCUCCAGCCCGUGAUGCAGUGUCACCUCCGCCCCUUUUCGUUCGCAAUCUUUCUUGGAGGAAGUCAAUCUCACCACCGCGAACCAAGAGGAAAGUUGGAGAAGCACCAAUUCCUACAGGCCCAGCUCGCUUUGGGCUUGCGCAACCCGUCUCUUCACCUCCUGGUCUGGAAGGAGUUCCCACUGCUCCAAAGUCGAUGCGGGAUUUCAGAUCGGAUAUUCUGCAAUAUCCACAUAUCGCAAUAUCAUCCCAAUACAUGCCAUCGGCUAUCGGUAUCAAGCGCCAACUGGUGGCGGCUGUAGAGGUCAGUCACGCGCCCAAAUGUAUCCACAUGGACACGAUCGGCUUCGUGAUCGCGUUCGAAAGUGAUGCACCUGGAAGAGUUGCAGCGCAGCGCUGCUUCGAGGGCCUCCAGAAUGUCAAGCUGUUUCAGAUGUAUCGACUUGGAGACUGUAUGGAGCUCUACCUCGACGGACGCAGACAUUACUUCACCCAGCCUCGACAGGACGUGCCACCAUCUUUGCUGAACAAGGGCGCAUUCCUGGCCAACCACGUCGUGCAGAACGAUUUCGCCAUAAGAGGUGCCGCCGCAAGCGGUCCCACGGUCAACGCAGCGCCCGUUCGUGUAGGACAAGACGAAUUCGUUAUCAGAGGCUCAGCCCUCGGUCUGCCCGAAGACGGUCCGGACAUGGUCACUGCAGCGCCAAACUCGCCAAAGUCACGCGCCAACAGUACAGUGCCGCCUCUUCAGGCCCGGCUUCAGCGAGACACAGACUCCGUUUCAGUGGCUAGUGUGCCAUCUGCAUCGGACUCUACUGGAUCAAAGGGUCCCAAAUGCCAUGUUUGCAAAGAGCGUACGCAGAAGCUUUUGCGGUGUUCGACGUGUCCCCGGUAUUACGACCGAAGAUGCCUGAUUGGACCGCAAUUUGAAAGCCCUGAGUGGCAAUGUCCGCGGUGUAAGAGAAGGCGCGUUCCUCUGAAGCGUCGGGCUCCCGAGACGUCGGACACUGCAGACAUGCCUUUUGCUUCGGAAGUGGCCAGUCCAGCGAAGAAGCCACGCUUGGCAGAGGAGCAUAAGGAGCCACACAAGGAAGCUCCUGGUCCGCCGCCAGCUCGAAUUGAGGGUGAGGCCAAUCCUCAGGCUGUCGCAGAAAUACCCGAAACUCCUGCCGCGGUCGUCACCACCACUAUGGUUGACGCUCUCGUCGCAGACUCACGACCUGUGGUUGGAUCUGCUGCGACAGCCACAAUGACCGAAGGAGUAGCACCGAUCGUGCGGGCGAAGGCUCAGCUGGCUGAUCAAGAGCGAUGUGAGACGGCUGCCGAAAACGACCGGCCCUUGCAGGGCGGCUCUGCAGUCGAACCUUCGCGGUAUGAGGCCGCCACAUCGUCAGUGGAGGAACAGGCCACGAAUCAUCGUCCAGAGCGGGCCAAUGCAGCCGGCAUUGACAUCGACUCCGAUGAGGCUGCCAAUCUCGUCGAUGAGAGCUUCAACUCGCCGGAGAGGCCUGCCAUGCCGAAGAAAGCGAAGAAGCUCAAUCUGACACGGAAGGUCAUCUUGCCACCAGCAAACACCACAACUGGUCCUCCCGGACAGGAAUUGCCUGAGACAACAGAGAAAGAUGCCUCAACGGAGACGUCGACAGUCUCGAUCGCGCCUGAAGGAAACGAUACGACCGAUACGGAUCGGGGCGGCAAGUGCAAGACUGGCGAAGGUGAUGCGCCCGCUCCACUUCCUGACAAAGUCGGCAUUGUCCAACCUCAUCGCUCGCCUGAGGAUCCUCACAUCAACGACAACCCAAGUGUGCCACAGGAAAACGCAUCGCGACCUUCGACUACUUUCCCACUACAAGCUGCAGCAGAACAGGUCGCCAAACCGGAAGUCCCGACCAACCACUUGCGCGACUCCAUUGGGUCUGCCUCGCCCGUCGAUAGUGUCAUGACGACAGAGAACACCCGCUCGUUCGCCAAACGGACAGGCUCACGAUCAAAGCCUUCGAAGUCGAUCAUAUGCAUAGAGUGCAAGGUGAUACCUGUGCCGUCCAAUCCAUUCGGCAUCAAGAUGUGCCCCGAGUGCGUGAAAACCACGGCAGCAGCUAACACGGCGACGCCGCUGUCGACGAUCAUCAAUGGUUCCAGAGUAUCAAAGUCAGCUUCUAUUCCACCAUCGCGAGCACCUUCGGUUGAUGAAUCUAUGGCCGCAAGCGCCGGCAGUUCUCGAAAAGUCCAGGAUGUGAUGCAAGACGCUCCUUCCCUUGAUGAGCAACAUGCUGCUAUGGUCAGACUUGAUGCAUCGAGGACGACGGCAUGCGAGGAUUGCCGACGGAAGAAGCAGCGUUGCGAGCACCGUCUGGGCGCAUCAUCAACGGCGUGCUCCGAUUGCCGCCGUGCACAUGUUCGCUGCGAACACAAUCCCGCAGAGAGACAACGGAAGGACCACUCGACGACAAAGGGCAAGGCCAUCUCGGAUGCCCGGGAGCCUCCACCAGAUGUCGACUCCGAGCUCGACCAAAAUACCUCGUUGGUGGAUGCUAAUGCAGAAACGGAUGAACGCCAGGACGAAAACGAGCCCAGCACUGAUCCAAGGCAUAGGCGCAAGCGACGGAAAUCAGCUUCCACCGGUGAAUCUCCUACCCCAUCCGCUGCGCCCGUGCAAAAAGACAAGGAUCCAAAGUCUACCGGUGUCCACGGUCUGGGAAAUUCCUUCAGCCGCCCGCCGGGAGUCUACCGCCAGCUCAUCUGCAUGGCGAUGUGCGACACCCCUGGAAGACGACUCACAUGCCGCGGCGCCGCCGAGUGGAUCGCUAAGAACAUUCCAGGCUACGAGCUCGGGCAGAGCAAUUGGGCGGAAAACCUGAAAGCCACCAUGUACGGGCAAGAAGCUGUAGUCGACAAAGAUAAGAGAUAUCUGCGGAGGCUGGACUGGAAGCCAAGCUUUGGUGGCAAGCCCAAGACGCUCUGGUUCGGACUCAUCCCGGGUUUGGAGAAGGAGGUCGAGCAUUGGGAUCCUACUUUGGGCCAGCCUGUGUCGCCAGUGAAGCAGUCGCAGGCCGGCGCACGUGAACAGUCACAGCGAAGGGAACAGGACGAUCAGCAUACCACACCGAGCAAGUCGAAGCGGAGAACACGGCCGGUCGUUGAAGACGAUGAGGUAUCAGUCGAUGGCGGAUCGGUCAGCGUGGAGCCAGAAAUCGAGCCCGACACUUCCGGAGGCGCUUCGCACAACUCCGAUGUUGAUGAAACUGCGGGUGUCGACUCUACUGGACAGUACGAGGUCGGCGAGAGACCGAACCCGAACACCGCGGAUGAGGAGUCCCUACUCGACAUUUGCGAGCGAUCUUUCCAGGCUCCACCCAACCAUGAGGAUACUGUAAUGGAGGAUGCUCUCGUCGCGCUAUCAGCAUCGGGCCCAAGCCAGGACAUUGGCGCCGCGAUGGCCUUACUGGACCAUGUGAUGGACCACGACAAUACAGCACCGACCUUUCAACAGCAGACCGCUCCCAUAGCUCCCAUGCAAGUCACUCACCGCCCUUUCCCUCCUCCGACACACCCUCCAUCAUUUCCGACGACGUCGACCGAUGCUCCCUUCGACCGCGAACUUUGGAACAUCAUCCGCGACAUGCCUCCCGAACCCAACAUAUCCACCAAUAACCUCGCCGAGGCGUACCCGCAAUACUUCUUUGAUCGGGCCGCCAAGAUUGCUGAGAUCAAAGCUCGUCCGACACGUAAACAGCAGAUCAACGCGCGCAUGAAAAAGCUGUAUGGCAAAGGUUGUGCGGUCGUGGACACGACGGAGAUGCGAGAGAGGGAGAGGAAACAGGUCAGGAAAUUGGACACGGAAGGUGGGCUGAGAUCUCUGCCGGGGGAAGAUGUCAGUACGCUGAAGAAUUGUGCGACGGUGGAGGAGUUUUUGGGAUUGGAUUUGGGGUUGGUGAUGGAUGUUGUUGAUAAACAAGUCGUCUUUCGGAAGAAUGAUGGGGGGAGGAGUCGGACGAUUUACAAGACGGGAUUGUGA